UCCACUAGGUGGCGGUAACGCACUCACAAACCCGAUGAUUACUACACGUGCCUGUAGGGUGAAGAAGAGAUUUAUGUGUCGCGCAGAAGACUUCAUGAGAGUGUGACGAGGGCCAUCUUUGAAAGAUGGUUUUAAAGGAGAUACCCACUGAAAGUAUCACUCGACCCCUGGGACGUAAUGAGGUCCUUGGCUUGCUCUUUCGACUUACCAUAUUUGGUGCUGUCACGUACUUCACAAUAAAAUGGAUGGUGGAUGCCAUUGAUCCCACCAGGAAACAGAAAUUAGAGGCACAGAAACAGGCGGAGAAGUUGAUGCGUCAGAUCGGAGUCCAGAACGUCAAGCUCUCCGAGUAUGAGAUGAGCAUCGCAGCGCACCUGGUAGACCCCCUCAGCAUGCAGAUCACGUGGCGGGACAUUGCUGGCCUGGACGAGGUGAUCACUGAGCUGAAGGACACGGUCAUACUGCCCGUUCAAAAGAGACACCUCUUCGAAGGAUCCAAACUCCUCCAACCGCCCAAAGGUGUACUGCUCUAUGGCCCACCCGGCUGUGGGAAGACUCUCAUCGCCAAGGCGACAGCCAAAGAGGCGGGCUUCCGGUUCAUCAACCUGCAGCCGUCCACGUUGACUGACAAGUGGUAUGGUGAAUCCCAGAAGCUGGCGGCUGCUGUCUUCUCACUGGCUGUCAAACUGCAGCCAUCGAUUAUUUUUAUCGAUGAAAUAGACUCGUUCCUGCGCAGCCGCUCCAGCAAUGACCACGAGGCCACAGCCAUGAUGAAGGCCCAGUUCAUGAGUUUAUGGGAUGGCCUGGACACCGACUUCAACUGUCAGGUGAUCAUAAUGGGCGCCACCAAUCGUCCUCAGGAUCUGGACUCUGCCAUCCUCAGGAGAAUGCCCACCAGGUUCCACAUCAACCAGCCUGGUCUUGCGCAGAGAGAGCAGAUUCUCAACCUGAUCUUGGACAAUGAAAGUGUGGAGGAAUCGGUGGACCUCUCCGACAUUGCGCAGCAGGCCGAAGGCUUCUCAGGAAGUGACCUCAGAGAGAUGUGCCGCGACGCCGCCCUGCUCUGCGUCCGAGACUUCGUGCACACACAGAAAGCUGACAGUCUGACAGAGGACUACAUCCGACCCAUCCAGCAGUCGGACCUCCAGAAGGCCAUCGGCAAGAUGAGGAAGUCCAAGUCUGCUGCGGGUCAGAACCCCCUCAUGCACAUUGCGUUGGACUGAAGGCACUCUCACCUACACAACCGGAAGAUUUAUUUAAUGGCAUAUCAUGGUGUAAUUUAAUAAACAAUAUACAACUCAUACGUUUUAAAAACGCAUAGGGGGGAGGUGGUGGUCUUUCUGACCUCCUUGGUCCUUCAAGUUGUCUGCCCGUUUAAAAUGUUGGCGGUUUUGUCCCCGUGUGUGAAACGGAUGCGAAGUAAGAUGGAUUGCAACUUGAUGUAUUGACGGCGUCUACAGUGUCAGGGUCUAGAAAACAAUAAAGGAUCAAACGUACAGUGAAGCAGUGAGUGAGGCAUUUCUUUUCAUUAUCUUCCUCCCGAGAGAUUACAUCAUUUAAGCCAUUGUUGUCUCACUCAAAAUAGUGUAGUGUACAAUGGCCUUUAUGCAAAGAGAUAUUCAUAUUUCCCGGUCCUGUCUCACACCAACAAUUUAUUUUGGACAUUUGAAAUGAUAAUUUCAGUUGCUGUAAUUGAAUGCCACGCAGUAAUGGCAGAAACCUUCCAAUGAUGACAGAAAAUGUACAUUGCCAAAGUAGUUUUAUUUAUGCACCAUUAGGAUGUGCUGUAUAUUGAUGUUGUGCCAUUGCUCGUGACACACAGUAUGCUCACUGCUAUGAAACCUAAGCCUAAAGUGAAGCAUUAGAAAUCAGUAAAUAAUGCAAGAUUGUGGAUACCAAAUUAGAAAUGCUAUUUAUGCUUGAUUUCAUACAGAGGCAGGACACACUGAAAGCCUGAUCAAUUGUACAUGAUUGUCAUGAAACAUGUUUGUGGUAAACUUAAAUUUGCAUUUUUCUUAGUUCAAUAAAAUAUUAUGAUCGGAGUGCUUCAGAUCCCUCAAUAGAGAUCAGUUAUUCGUCCUCUUUUGCUAAGAUGUCCAGGCACAAAAAUAAAUAUUGGUCCCAUUCAUGCUAA